AUGGCUCUUUCGAGAAAGCUGUCGCGACCGCUUUUUAUACCACCUGCAUUGCAUAGCCGACCUAUUCAGAACAUCAUUUUGUUUGCUUUCUGUCUUAUUCUACUAUCGGUCAUUCUAUUCAACCUCAGAGAACCGGAGAAGGGCCCGUUGCUGCCUUAUCAGAUAUACCCACAAACCAACGACUCUACGCAGCAUACAGUGACCGAAUUCCUGCCCGCGUCUAUACGCCCGGAAACAGACUCCGUUGGCCAACUUUGCGACUCAUUUCCCAGACAUGUCUUGUCACGGAUACAGCCAGUGCUCAAGACGGGCCAUGGCGAUGAUAAAGAAAGGCUGAACGCGCAGAUGGACAGCACCAGUGCCUGCUUUACACCAGACGAACUGAUCGUCUUCUCCGACCUCGACGAAGAAAUUCGGGAUCAUCAUGCCAUCGACAUUCUGGCCCAUCUACCUAGCUCUCACUAUAAUGCCACGGCUUUCAAGAUGUGGGAAGAGUACCUUGCUCAGAAAGAGAUGCAGACUAAAGGUACAUUGGAUACCGAAGCACAAGAAAAGCACAUAAAUGGAUGGGCACUGGACAAGUUCAAAUUCUUACCGAUGAUGGAAAGGGCCUGGGCCAUGAAACCUGAUAGGGACUUCUAUGUCUUUUAUGAGACAGACACGUAUAUAUUCUGGGACAACCUCUUCCGAUUUCUUCAACUAUACGAUCCAGAUGCAAAUAUCUACAUGGGCUCCCCAUCGCCUGGACGCCGUGAUCCAAAACGGGGGGACCAAGGCACAUUAUUUGCCAAUGGAGGGCCUGGAUACGUCAUCAGUCGAGGAGCUAUGAAGACCAUGCUGCAGCGCACCGCUGGUUCACAUGGGCAAUAUAUUGACGGCCCGCUCUCUAUGAAAUUUAGCCAUCUGAAUAACGAUGAAGAGUGCUGUGGCGAUAGCGUUCUGGGAUGGGUGCUAUGGGAGCUUGGAAUUCCUAUGCAUGGUCACUGGCCCAUGUUCAGUGACUAUGGCCUACAUGAGAUUCCUUUCAAUGACCAGCAUUGGUGCCAACCACUUAUAAGUCUGCAUAAGACAUCUCCAAAAGAUAUGGUAGAUUUAUUUCGCUGGGAAUUUAGCCAACACAAGACCCAGCGGCCGUUGUUAUACUCUGAUGUGUGGGAGUUUCACAAACCCGGUACGGUCCCAAUGCGUGAGGACUGGGACGGCGGCCGGUUUGACGCCUUUGAUCCACCUCCCGAAGAAGUCGUCGAAUCCUCCGAGCAGUGCAGCCGUGCCUGUGCCGAGGAUCCCAGCUGUCUACAGUGGAAAUGGGAGGGAAGGGAUCGAAAGAAAUGCAAUCUUUUAGGCUCAUUACAGCAUGGAAGAGAACGCAAGGAGGAAAAGGAAGGCAAUGAUAAGGAGACAUGGGUAGACUUCACGUCGGGAUGGGUAGAGGAACACAUCAGGGAAUGGAAGGAAAAGCAAGACUGUAGUAAUAUCAAGUGGUUAGGGGCUAGUAUAGAAAGGAAAUUAUAA